UCGCUACUUAGAGAGUUAGAGAUGUGAGAGAAACUAUUUAAAAUUUUAAAUAGUUAAUGUGCAGAAUGGACAGCUUUGCAGCUGAAACAGAGAUUGGAAUGCCAACUGUGUUGUGAAGAAAAAUGGCAGAAGUUCUCAACAGUCAAAAACCCAUCUUCUUUUGCUAUGUUGCUUUGCUUGUUGUGCUUAUUUGCAUUGUACCCAUCAAAUCUCAAGCACAAUCUGAGACUCUUGCACCUGAUGAAGUGGAAGCCCUUCGUGAAAUAGCUGAACAACUGAAUAAGAAGGACUGGAAUUUCAGUGACCCAUGUAGCAAUGUUCCUACGUUUUCGAGCCCACAUACUGAUCAGUAUAACAAUACUUUAGUCUGCAAUUGCUCCAUCUCCAGCAAUGUAUGCCACAUUGAAAGCAUUUAUCUUACUGGUCAGGAUCUAGAUGGUGUUCUUCCAGCAUCACUGGCUAAGCUACCUUAUCUUAAGCAAGUUAAUCUGGGUCAGAAUGAUCUUAGUGGUUCGAUUCCUCGUGAAUGGGCUUCUACCAAGUUGGAAUUUCUGGUUCUCAGUGUGAACAACUUAUCGGGACCUAUCCCUGGCUAUUUGGGAAACAUAACUACUCUCAGAGCUCUGGCCUUGGAAAGCAACUUAUUUUCUGGACCUAUUCCUUCAGACCUGGGAAAAUUGAUUAACAUGGAGAUUCUCUAUCUUCGCGCUAACAACCUCACUGGAGAGUUGCCUGUGGCUCUCACUAAUCUGGCCAAAUUAAAAGUACUUCAGAUAGGUAGUAACAACUUCACUGGAAGAAUACCCAACUACUUUCAAAGUUGGAAAGACCUCCAAAGCUUAGAGAUGCAAGCAAGUGGUCUUGAAGGGCCCCUUCCAUCUAUUCUUUUCCUUUUUCGCAGAGAUCUAAGCUUCAACAGAUUGGAAGGGGCCAUUCCAAAUUUUGGUAAUAUAAUGCAGUUGUCAACAAUAUAUUUGACAAGUAACUUGCUUACUGGGCUUCCAGACUGGAUCAAAAGUAGAGACAGUCGCUACAAUAUAGAUAUCUCCUACAAUAACUUCUCUCAGAGUUCUGUCCCAACUACUUGUCGAGGGACUUUCAAUUGGUUCAGAAGUAUUUCCCAACAGAACAGCUCAAUACUAAGCAAUUGCCUCAACUCAUGUUCAAAAGAUCAGUACUCAUUGCAUAUAAAUUGUGGUGGAAAACAAACCACCAUCGGAAGCAUCAAGUAUGAAGGAGAUGAAGCCUCAGGAGGUGCAGCAACAUUUGUUCAGGCCACACCCCCCAAUUGGGGGUUUAGUAGCACCGGUGAUUUCGUAGAUGCUUGGAGUUCUGACAACGACUAUAUUGCCAAUAAUGUUUCCAUACUCAAAAUGAACAACUCCGAAUUGUACACAACUGCACGACUUUCUCCUCUUUCUCUCACUUACUAUGCCCAUUGCUUAGCAAAUGGAAAUUACACUGUGAAACUACACUUCGCAGAGAUAGUUCUCAGAGACAACAGGUCUUAUUACGGUGUUGGAAGGCGAAUGUUUGAUGUUUAUAUCCAGGACAAAUUGGUACUGAAGGAUUUUGACAUUAGAAAGGAAGCACUAGGGGUUGAUAAGGAAGUGAUCAAGGUAUUUAAAGCAGUUGUUAAUGUUAAGACUCUACUAAUCCGCUUUCAGUGGGCUGGGAGAGGGACAACUAAUAUUCCUCAAAGAGGAAAAUAUGGUUCUCUUAUAUCAGCCAUCUCAGUGCAGUCUGAUUUCAAGCCACCUGAUGAUAGCAAAACGAAGAUUUACAUUGUGAUUGGAGUUGUUUCAGCUUUAUGCCUUAUCUUCUUGAUAUUUGGCAUUCUUUGGUUAAGAGGCUGUUUCGGACAUAAGACAACCAGAGAAGAAGAACUGAGAGGAUUGGAUCUGCAAACUGGUUUCUUUAGAUUCAAACAAAUUAAAGCUGCCACUAACAACUUUGAUGCUGCAAACAAGCUUGGGGAAGGUGGCUUUGGAGCUGUUUACAAGGGGGAAUUAUUGGAUGGUAGUUUUAUUGCUGUUAAGCAACUUUCUUCAAAAUCAAAGCAGGGAAAUCGUGAAUUUGUGAAUGAAAUAGGCAUGAUGUCUGCAUUACAACACCCAAAUCUUGUUAAACUGUAUGGAUGUUGCACGGAAGGAAAUCAGUUAUUGUUGGUCUACGAGUACAUGGAGAACAAUAGCCUUUCACAUACUUUAUUUGGUUUGGAGGAAGGCCUACUGAAAUUGGACUGGCCUACAAGGCAGAAAAUAUGUGUUGGAAUUGCAAAGGGUCUUGCUUUCCUGCACGAUGGUACCUUGAAAAUCGUUCAUAGAGAUAUCAAAACAACCAACGUAUUGCUGGAUAGGGACCUUAAUGCUAAGAUAGCUGACUUCGGUUUGGCUAAGCUUGACGAGGAGGAGCAUACCCAUAUUAGCACCAGAGUUGCUGGAACUAUAGGAUACAUGGCACCAGAAUAUGCUUUAUGGGGCUAUCUAACCGAUAAGGCAGAUGUUUACAGUUUUGGGGUUGUUGCAUUGGAGCUUGUAUCAGGGAAAAACAACAUCAAAUAUCGGCCAAACGAAAAUUUUGUAUGCCUUCUAGAUUGGGCCCUUGUUUUGCAACAAAAAGGAAACCUAAUGGAGCUGGUGGAUCCAAAGUUGAAUGCUGGGUUCAACAAGGAAGAGGCACUUAGAAUGAUAAAGGUAGCUCUACUAUGCGCCAAUUCAUCACCGGCACUAAGACCCACAAUGUCUGAAGUAGUGAGCAUGCUUGAAGGCCGAACUGUUGUUCAUGAAGUGACCAUAAAUCCAAGUAUUUAUGGUGAUGAUAUGAGGUUUAAGGCCUUUACAGAGGACUCUGAUCCGAAUAUGCAAGAGAGCUUUGAGGAGACUCGAAGCUUCAUUCACUCCGAUUCAAAACGGACAGCCUCUUCCUCAUCGUCAGUCCUGAAUAUUGAUACAGUUAAACCUGGGACCCGAUAAUGAAAUUAAGCACAAUGUCGCCCAAGCACACUGCCACAGAAAGCAGCUACUACCUAAAUUGAAGUUUGACUUUACCAUACAAGCAAGUGAAACCAAGACAUGCACUAGAGACUGCAAAUAUAGUAACAUCAUAGAUGUAUAUUACCAGGAAUUCACCUACAUUCAUUUGAUUGAUUCUUGUAUUGUUUAUGUUCAUGUUAUGUAUAUUACCAGGAAUUCACAUACAUUCAUUUGAUUGAUUCUUGUAUUGUUUAUAAGAGGAGUCCCCAAAAGCUUGGACUCUUAACAGAAAGUUCCUAGUCUACCAGUAAUGCUGCA